UUGUCCUUUAGAUUUGUGUUGCACAGAAUCGCAAGCUAGUCGUAUUCUUUGCUAGAGUGUAUGCUUUUAGCGAGAUGGGAUUACCACAGAACUAUUUUUUCAGACUGCUGCUUGUACUAACCGGUUGCUUCUAAUGAUUUAUUCCAAAAUUCUGUUCAUGGGUGCUGCAGAUGGUAAUCCAAAUCUAUAACAGUGGACUAUCUUUAUAGCAAAGUUCUACAAAAUCAGCGUGGGUAUUGAAAAUCUAAAUCUGAACUUUCCGCAUUUUCUUUGAUAUAAUGCCCCGUGACACAAAUGAAGACGAUAACUGGGAAACAGAACCUGAUUUUGUGAAUGAUGUCACUGAAAAAGAACAAAGAUGGGGAUCAAAAACUGUUGCUGGUUCUGGACACCAAGCCUCUAUAGAUAUGGCCGCGUUGAGAGAAGAAGUAAAACAGGCAGAUCGUCUAGCGAAAUUAAAGAUUGCACCUAAACCAUCCUACGGAUAUGGCGGGAAGUUCGGUGUUGAACAGGAUCGAAUGGAUAAGUCGGCAGUGGAUUGGAGUCAUAUUGAAGUAUCAGAGAAACAUGCCUCACAGAAGGAUUAUGCGAAAGGAUUCGGUGGUAAAUAUGGUGUACAAACAGAUCGUCAAGAUAAGUCGGCAGUGGAUUGGAGUCAUAUUGAAGUAUCAGAGAAACAUGCCUCACAGAAGGAUUAUGCGAAAGGAUUCGGUGGUAAAUAUGGUGUACAAACAGAUCGUCAAGAUAAGUCAGCUGUAGGUUGGGAUCAUAAAGAGGCAACGGAAAAACAUCCUUCACAAAAAGACUAUUCUGCUGGUUUUGGUGGUAAAUACGGUGUUCAAACAGAUAGGCAGGAUAAGUCUGCUUUAGGUUGGGAUCAUCAUGAAAAAACAACUUGUCAUCCAUCUCAAGUAGAUUAUACUAAAGGAUUCGGUGGAAAAUUUGGUUUACAAACAGAUCGAGUGGAUUCAUCUUCAGUUGGUUGGAAUGAAGCCAAUAAAACUGAGUUGCAUCCAUCACAAAUGAAAGCCCCUAUUUUCAAGCCAGAUGGCGGUUUAAGAAGUAUACGUCAACAAUUUGAACAGAAUGCUAAUAAUGACUACAAAUUAUCGAAAAAUUCAUCUGCUCCAUCUGCAGCUCAACAACGUGUUCUUGAGGAACGUGCUCAUUGGGAUGCUGAGCGUAAACAAAAAGGGAUUGAACAACCGAAAGAUAUAUCAUCGGCAUCGAUACCGGUAUUAUCUGCCACAACUGAAUCGUCAAUUAUUGAUACAACAAAAUAUGAUAAUGCUCAACAAAGUAGUGGAACAGUAGAUACUCAAAUACCUCAUCAUUCAUUGAAUCCAACAGAUCAAGUGGUAAUGUUAAUGCAUCAGAAGAUCUUCAAAGAAAUUCUGAUAAUCAUCAGUCGGACACUAAUGUUGUAACUUGUGAACAAGCUCCAGAAGUGUACACAGCGGUGGCUUUGUUUGACUACGUUGCUGCUGAAGAUGAUGAAUUAACAUUUUGUAAAGGUGAACAAAUAACUGAAGUUGAAAAAUUGAUGUAGGCUGGUGGAAAGGUGUUUGUCGAAAAAAAAUUGGCUUAUUCCCUGCUAAUUAUGUAUAUCUUAUUGAUUCAAUGAAAUAAUUAUACAAUUUGAUUAAUUUCUUUCAAAUUACUAUUAAUGAUUGAUUGAUUAGUGAUAUACAACACGGUUGUUUGUUUUUUACUAAACAUAUGACUUUUUCUACAAAGAAUUUGCGGUGAAUUACUUACUUUCCUUUGUAUUUUGUUAAUCUCUUGUCUUGUUAUCUCGAUAUGAUCAUAUCGAUAGGCUUGUACACAAUAUUACUACUGUAGCAUAUCCAUCGUGUCUCAGUUGUUUUUUCUCUAUCAUUAUUCUCAUCUUCUUUUUUUUAAAUACUGAUUUGAAUGUUCUUUAUCCUCUUUUUUUUGGAAGAAUAUUUCUCAGAACAUUUACUUUUCAGGUUAUGCUCUCACCAUUCUUUGUAACAUGUUAUUGUGAUUAUCUCUUGUGUUUUCACACACACACACACACAGACGCUUACAAUAAUGCUUACUGAAUAUAGUAAUGUACUACUAUUUUUCAUAGAAAAAUCUUAAGAAUAAAUCUGUUGUUUUCUUUUAUAUUUAAUACUUUGAAAUGUAUAUUCCAGUAUAUUUUAUUUAUCGAUUUAGGUUCCUAUAAAGAAAAGUAUCUUAUGAGUUUC